AUGAUACUCCCGAAGAAAUUUACUACCGCAGAGGUAGCGAGGCAUACUACACCUGAAGACUGUUGGUUUAUUAUACAUGGCAAGGUCUAUGAUAUCACAAAAUUACUAUCAACACAUCCAGGUGGUGCGAACAUUCUUUUAAAAUACGCUGGCCGUGAUGCAACCCUACCGUUUGACGAUGUAGGCCAUUCAAUGGAGUCGUUAAUAUACGAUAUAGCACCCGGUUCCUGUCUGGGAGAUGUCCAGGAUGAGAAAUCAAUGGAUAAUACAGUAUUCGAAGAGAAUAAAGAAUACAUAGAAGAAACUUGGGAUGCGGAUUGCGUACCCGUUCCGGCAGGAAAAACUGACACUAGACGCAAGCAGUCGGGCAGGUCGUUUUGGAAAGACUAUUGGAUGGAAAGAGAAGACAGUUGGGCAGCUGUUAGGUCAGUAGGGGUACAUACCGAAAAGGAAGACUAUUUUUUCAGGCGAAAGCUUGAAAAUAUGCUAUUAAUGACUAUAAUCGCAUUUUGUUGUCUUCUACUUAUCACAUUUCGAUGCUACAGUCCUCGCCGACAUCUCCACCAGCUUUUCCAUGAUGGAUCGACUACAAUUUCGACCUCUGAUCUUACAUCCUCAGAGAUCCCUGCAUGGUUAGGCGUCAUCUAG